CCAAAGCGCUCGGCUUUACUCCUCUACCGUGCUCUGCUCCGCCGGCGGCCGGCGUGCCUCUGCCCCCUAACCCCGCCGCCGCCGCGCCGCGAACCAAAGCGAGUCUGGAGGCCAGGAUCCGGGGACCACGCGCCACGAUGCAGCAGCCGGACCUCGUCGGCACAGGGGGAGACGACGAGUACGAGUACGCGAUGUUGGAGACGCUCCUGAUCCGGGGGGAGUCCGCCGCGGUGGGAGCCCCUCGCUUCGACGGCAAAGACUUUGAAACAUGGCAGGCUCUGAUGAAGAUCCGCUUGCAGGCCUAUAGCCUUCUUGUGUGGGACAUUGUGGAAACCGGUUUCUCUUGUGUGGAUGAAGCAAACCCAACGGCACUCGAGUUGAGGAGCAUCCACUACAAUGCCCAAGCCAUGAACGCCAUAUACUGUGCCCUGAGUGAUGAUCAGCUCUACCGGAUCUGGCAGUACGAGAGUGCUAAGGAGGCUUGGGACGCUCUCCAGGCUAUACAUGAAGACACCCCAAUCGUUCGUGAGCUAAAGGUCAAACAGUUGAGGGAGAAGAUGAAGUUGUUUGCGUGGAGGAAGCACGAAUCCCCCCAUGACAUGUUUGGGAGGCUCGAGACUUUGGUCAUCAAGAUGAAGAGACUUGGAUGCGAAGAGGUGACCGAUUCUUAUGUUGUAGAGAAGAUGCUUCGUGCCAUGACACCAAGGAGCUCCACCUUUGUGACAAUCAUCCGUCAGAGGCCUAACUUUGAAGAACUCACCCCUCUUGAUUUGCUCCAUAUUUUCCAGGUCUACGACAUGAGGCAAGAAGAAUCCAGAAUCAUGCGCGGGUACGCGGUGAAGGAGGACACUGUCGUGCGGAGGGAGCCCAACUAUGAUGUAUGGUGCUCUGGAGAAGUGCCUUGCUUCGAUGGCACACACUAUCUAUCAUGGCAACGUAGGAUGAAAUUCCAUUUGCUUAGCAUUCACCCUCUUGUGUGGAGAAUUGUGGAAACUGGUUUCUCUUGUGUGGAUGAAGCAAAUCCAACGGCUCUUGAAAAGAGGAAUCGGCAGUACAAUUCCGUAGCUAUAUGGGCCAUAGGUAAUGCCUUAAGUCGUGAUCAGUUCAUGAGGAUUUGCUACUAUAAGAGUGCUAAGGAGAUUUGGAAUGCUCUCCGAAAAUUUAAUGAAGCAGUUCGUGAGUCAAAGCUCCGCUAUUUGAGGAUAGAUAUGGACAGGCUCGCCUUAAGAAAACAUGAGUCCCCCAGGGACAUGUAUGCAAAGCUUAACAAUUUGGUCAAUGAGAUGAAGGGUCUUGGGUGCAAAGAGAUGACUGAUUCCUAUGUUGUGAGGAGGAUGCUUCGUGCCAUGGCACCAAGGAACGCAAACUUGGUUUUCCUCAUCCGUGAGAAGCCUAACUUUGAACUACUCACCCCUCUGGAUGUUCUUGCAACAUUCCUCCUCUACGACAUGGAGCAGAAAGAAUCCAAGAUCAUGAGUGGGUAUGCUUUGCCACGCUCAAGCAAAAAGGCCAAUGCUGCCUUGAAGGCCAAGCAAGUCCAAGUGGAGGAAUCAAGCGAUGAUGAAAACGACCAUGAUCAAGGCCGAGAGCAAAUUCAACAAGGAAUGCAAGAAAUGUCUCUCACAGGGAAGAAAUAUGGAGCGUUACUUGGAAAGAAAGGCCACGAAGCAAGAAGCAAUUUCUCUGACAAGUCCAAGAUGAGGAAAUCAAAGAGACGUUGCUAUCAAUGUGGUGAUCCCAAUCAUUUCAUUGCUGAUUGUCCUAAGGAGGAGGACAGGAAAGAAGAGAAGGAGAAGAGCAAAUACAAGAGCAAACCAUUCAACGACAAGGGCAAGCCAUACAAGCCAGAGGGGCAGAAAGGUGUGGAAGCACAUCCUCACGUCAGUAUGGGAGUGGAAUGUGCCGUUCAAAGAUGCAGAGGCAGUGGACUUAGACCGCUUCGGAGCCCCGUUAAUGGAGAACCUGAGAACUCCACUUCGGAGCUGAAGAGGGGGCUGGUGCCGAAGCUGCCAAGGAAACCUGCUGCCCAGCCGGCACAGCUCCACUACUACCUCAGUGCACAUCUAGUGGAGGAGUGAUGACAACACCCCUGUUGAGGUAAUCAUUGUGAUUUUCCCUGUCUCAACAGAAAACUGAGGAGAUAAUAGCAAGCACCAAGUAGCCAGAUCACAAGAAGAGAGAGGGCAAGUCUUGCUUGAUGCCAACGCCCUGUAAGCUGUAACUUAAGGAUCUUUCCACUCUGCUUUGCACUUGGAGUUUGUAUCUGACCUAUGUAGAUCUAGAUCAUGGACCUGUUCUUGCUGUUUCACUAACUGGGAAUUGAGAUGACAAUAAUGUGUCUGCAGAUGGUAGCUGUUGUUUGAAUGUUUCCCUGGGACAUUAUUUUUCGUACACCGGCGCGUUUCUCAUCGCCAGCUUGACAA